GUUGCUGUGCCUUUUGGGUCUUCCCCUGCUUCCAGUGCGCCACGGUCAGCGAACACGGCGAGUGCCUGUGCCUCCCCCUGCUGGACACAGGGUGCCUAGGCUAUUCUCCGGCCUGUCCCCCUAUAUCUCUGGCAAUGCGGGCAUCUGUCCGGGAGCGGUACAAAAUUCCCGGAUCGAUCUGUGAUGACUGCUGUAUGCUGUAUUGGUGUUUAUGCUGUUCCUGGUGCCAGAUGGCUCGAGAGAUCAAGAGAUACAAGAGACCGGCUUCCUUUAUGACGGCGCAGACCACCACGGUGACGACGCCAGCGCCGACCUUCGUGUACCCCGUCCCCUCAUACCAGCCCCAACCCCAACCAACAAACAUUAUAAAUGUGAACAAUGUGAACACAAAGUACUAGUGGAGGGACACAGCCGACCUUCUCAAUGGAGGUCCACCCCCCAACGAGGAGACCCUGAGAUAGCCCCCUGGGGGGGGGGGAGACACUCUUUGAUGAUUAAAGAUAAUUUUAGACACAUUUUUCAAUCACUUUGUAGUCCUUGUUAUGGA